CGUUCACAGACUGUCAAAAGGAAAAUGCUGCGCCAGUCCUUGCUGCGGCCGAGCCGUUGGCGCGUCCAUCAUCGCGCCCAGCCCUUUUCAAAUGUGACCAUUGGUGGCAUCACCGCGCCUCAGGGCCAGGUCAAGGACGCGCAACUUGUGCCCAAGGGGUUUGCCAACCUCGACUCGAAUGGACAGCCGCACUUUACUCAAGAAACCCUUGCGCAUUUGCGGUGGAUGCUCCAAAAGGACAUCCUGCACCAGGACAUGUUUUUGAUUGGACCUCCCGGGCCCGCGAGACGGCAUCUAGCGCUGCAAUUCUGUGAAAUCAUGCAACGCGAGGUGGAAUACGUAGCGAUCUCCCAAGACACGACCGAAUCCGACUUGAAACAACGCCGCGAGAUCCUUGGUGGCUCGGCCAUCUUUGCCGACCAGGCGCCCGUGCGCGCCGCCAUCCACGGCCGCAUUUUGAUCUUGGACGGAUUGGAAAAGGCAGAGCGAAAUGUACUACCCACGCUAAACAACUUACUCGAAAAUCGUGAAAUGGCCUUGGACGACGGACGGUUCCUUAUGAACGCAUCAAGCUACGAUGCAUUGCUGUCGAAAGGGCACACAUCUGAGCAACUAACUGCCCAACACCUCGUGCGGGUCGAUCCGGCCUUCCGAGUGAUCGCGCUGGGGCUUCCCGUGCCUCCGUACCCGGGUCGGACGCUCGACCCUCCCUUACGCUCGCGCUUCCAGGCGCGGCAGGUGCCGCCGCUAUCACCCGGCGCGCAACUCGAGAUCUGCGCGACAAUCCCAGACGGCGAUAAGCUCGUGGCGCUCGUGAACGCGAUGCACCUGAUCGAAUCCGGCGGCCACGCCGAUCGGAUGCCGCACCUGUCGGCGUCCGUGGUCGCGUACUGCACGAAAAUGGUGCAGCUGUUCCCGACAGCGGACCUUCCCGCGCUGCUGCGGCGCCGCUUCCCCCUGCAUGCAUCGUCGGCGUGGAAAGCCCAGGACCAGACGUUUCAGAACGUUCUCCGCACGUUCUUCCCGUCCACAUCGGACCAAUCGGAGUGCAAGUACCAGUUGACGCGCGUGGACCAAUCAACAGCCGAGCUUCGACUUGGUGACGUGGCAGCACGAGGUGUGCCCGUGGCGUGUGGCCCCCGCCCGUUACAGCAACACGCACCCCAUUUUGUCGAAACCAAAGCGCAUCGACGAGUGUUGGUGGCGAUGCUCCAGGACCAUGCGGCGGGUACGGACAUGUGUGUGGUAGGGCCUAAAGGAAGCGGCAAGUCGGCGCUGGCGCGGCAGUUCUGCGGGUCGUUGGGGUACCAGUCGGACCUGUUUACGCUCUUCCAGGACAUGACGGCGCGCGAUUUGUUCCAGCGGCGGGCCACCGACCUCCACGGCAACACGACGUGGGAGGACUCGCCCCUGUUGCGCGCGGCCCGCCAUGGCCACGUAGUCAUACUAGACGGCGUGCACCGCUUGAGCAGCGACACACUGAGUACGCUGCAGCGGUUGAUUCAAGACCGACAUGUGGAUCUGGCUGACGGCACGACGUUCGCUACAGCCGACGCGCCUGCACCAACUUUAACGGGCACUCCAAGUAGCCGAAACCUGGUUCGUAUCCAUCCAGCAUUUCGCAUCGUCGCGCUGGGCGAAGUGGCCAAGCCGUGGCUCACAUCCGAGACAAUGGCGCUGUUCCCUUUCCAUUCGGUGCCCGAGCUCACCCGAGAGGAUGCCGACGCGGUCGUGGCGGCGUUGUGUCCGCGCGUACCUCGUUCCGUGUCCACAAAACUCGUCGAGUUGUGGCAUCAAGUGCAGCUCCUCCCGUCGUCCGACUUGUCGCUGUCUGUCCGCCAACUGCUUCGUCUGGCGCGGCGGUUGAAUGCGUUUCCCGAGUCUGCCGCCGCCGACCUCCGCCUCCUCAUUGAAGACACAACCAUGAUGCACUUCCUUCCGAAUGCCCAGCUCAUGGCGGAUGUGCUGGACGCGUGCCAUAUUCGCCAGGGGAAAUCACCUGACGUUGCUCAAGACUUGGCGAUUGUCGACACAUCCGAGACGCUCAGCAUUGGCCACGUCACGUACGACAUGGUCAAAUCGGAUUACCCGGCCUUGGAAUUGAUUCCCCACCCGUUGUACUUCAACAUUCCAAAGCAUACACUCGUCAUGCAACAAAUGCUCCAGGACAUUGUAUCCGGACAGCCGCAUUUGCUAUUGAUUGGUAACCAAGGUGUGGGCAAGAACAAGGUCGUGGACCGUUUAUUGCAGCUUAUGCAUCAAGAGCGCGAAUAUAUCCAACUGCAUCGCGAUACCACAGUGCAAACGCUGACGAUGGUGCCGUCGAUGGAGAACGGCCGGAUUAGAUGGGAGGAUAGCCCGCUGGUCCGCGCCGUCAAGUUCGGGCGGACGCUCGUGGUGGACGAAGCCGACAAGGCGCCGCUGGAGGUCGUGUGUGUGCUCAAGGGGCUGAUCGAAGACGGCGAGAUGCUGCUGGGAGACGGACGUCGCAUCGUCGACCGCGCCAAAGGCACAUUCAACGACGACCAUGAUGAUGAUGGUUCAGUGAUUUGCAUCCACCCGCGGUUCCGGCUGUGGGUGCUGGCCAACCGCCCAGGGUACCCCUUUCUCGGCAACAACUUUUUCAGCGAAGUGGGCGAUAUCUUUGCUACCCACGUACUAGACAACCCCGACCCCGCGUCCGAGCUCGCCCUUCUCCAGUCGUACGCUCCGAAUGUAUCGACGGAUGUCCUCAUGAAAUUGUGCGCCGCCUUCUCGGAGCUCCGGUCGAUGGUCGAGGAUGGCACGAUGACGUACCCGUACUCGACGCGCGAGGCGGUGGCCAUCGCCAAGCAUUUGGAGGCGUUCCCGGAGGACGGAGUGGCCUAUACGCUGGAAAAUGUACUCGCGUUCGACGGAUACGAUGCCGCACUGCGCCAGCGUCUGCGCGAUGUAUUUGGACGACACGGGAUUCCCUUGGUGUAUCGGGAGCCCGUGAUGCCAACCAUCUCGCUUGCGCCCGUGUCGCCCCUGCCAGCUCCGCACACGCCCACGAUGACGUGGCAGAUUGACAGACAGUCCGAAGUCGUGCCCAUCCCCACAUCGUCCACUUUGAAAAGUCGGCGCAUUUACAUCGAGCCCCCCACGUCGCACACGUUUGCUGUGACACCGGGACGGCUGCACACGUUUUCAGAAGAGUUUUGCUCGUGGAACGUUCCGCUGUGGACCCGGCAGACGGCGGUGGCCCUUGCGGUGCUUCCAGACGCGUCGAUUCAUGUGUUGACCAAGCAACCGCUGGGGAUUCAUUCUUACUUUGGAGCCAACACACACGAACGUUUGCACUUGUACUCGGAAUUGGAAAGCUACAACCAAAGCAAAACCGAAGCGCACUUGAUGGCGUGGAAGGAGUCACUGGUGCUGCACGUUCCAGCCGAAGACUUGCUCAUCGUCCUAUCCAAGAAACACAAAGUUCUCCAGUCGAGGGUAUUACCUCCAUUUAAAUCCAACAACCACGGCGAAGGAAUGUUUCAGUGGACAAAGCAAGACACUGCACCUAUGCAAAUGCUCUCGGGGUUGCUCCAAGACCACAACCUCCUUGUCCGAUACUUGCAAGGCCAGUCGUGUUUGCAAGUGAUCGAUGUGCUAAGUAUGUCGUCGUACACGCUGCAGUUGCCCGUGCAGUUGCAUCACGUGAGUCUCGUGUCGGCGGCAGAGUGGCAUGUCCACGACGUUGAUGGAGCCAUGCACAUCCUGCAUCUGCCGUCGGCCGAGGGACCUCGUAGGCGGCGCGCCGACCUCCACGCCGUCGCUUGUUGUGAUGGGGAUACUGCCAUUACCUCAAGCGUCCAUGCUGGCGGGAAUCGCUUCUCACACCCCCUAGCGUACUUGCAAGAAGUCCACGAUCUGGACAACCACACCAAGUCGGUGACAUCGUCGCAUCGGCCGACCCCGGCCGACGUGUCCAAGUCGAUGUGGAUAAACGAAGACAGGAAAAUGGCCACUUUGGCCCCGUCGGAGUGGUUGCUAGAAGUCGUGGACGUGGCCAACCAGCAGGUGCAGCAGAUUCCGUUCCGGACGGCGGAUGAAGCGCGCGUGGCGGACGCGGCGGUGCUGCCUCCGUCAACCGAAGAGAGGGGACGGACGGUCGUGAGUGUGCAGCGGGACGGCCGCGUCCGGCACUGGCAAGUGGACGAACGAGCGUUGCAAGCCGAUUUGGCCACGUGGAAAUCCAUGUUUGACUACCAUGCGCUCCAAGGCACUUCGCCAUAUUUAGAGCUACAGUACAACCGUCCAGACGGCACGUCCGAACCCAAAACUGGCACGUCGCUACCCAAACAUGGCAAAGAAGACCCGGACAACACGCCGCAUGUGGGUGGGAAUACGUGGGCGGGAGGGUCGGGGGGGUCUGACACGGCGGGACUCGGGGGGCGCGGGGGGCCAUACCGACUGGACAAGGGCCAUCGGGUGCAUCAGAUUUCCCAGCUCCAGAAGGACCAAGUGACGAAAGAAGCGCAAGAGAAAGCUAAAGCGAUGGCCGACGCCGCCUUGGCCGACCAACUCAGCCAGAUCGACAUGACCAACCACGAGUUGGCUUCGUACCAGCAGUAUGUGGACCGUGUCCACGGAGAAACCACUCAGUUGCGCGACCUGUUUCACAAUGUUGAGCAACUUGCAGACGAACGAGGGUGGCUCAAGCAUCAGUCGUCUGGUGAAUGGGACGACGCCAAGCUCGUGGACGGAUUGAGCGGCGACCGCAACGUGUUCAAGAGGCGCGGGCGGGAUCCAUUUGCAUCGUCGGCGUUGCUGCCGUUGCCGAAAAAGUUGCUCUUCGUCAUGGACGUGUCGGGGAGCAUGUACCGAUUUAAUUCCCAAGAUAUAUCCUUUUUGCUGCAUAUUCUGUGGUUGCCUAUAUAUAUAUAUAUAUAUUUGAAUCACGGGAAUUUUGUCUUUAACCGCCAUAUGCCGAGUACGGACGACUGGAGCGGAUGCUGGAGACGACGCUCAUGCUCAUGGAGAGCUUGGCAGGAUUCGACGCUAAAUUUGAGUAUGCGAUCAUGGGGCACAGCGGUGACGCCGCCGCGAUUCCGUUUGUCGAGUUUGGGCAGCCCCCCCACACAAAGAAAGAUCGGCUCAAGAUCUUGCAAAAAAUGGUCGCGCACUCGCAGUAUUGCAGCAGCGGCGACCACACGGUGGAAGCAAUUGAAGAAGGCAUCGAACAAGCCAAAACGGCGUCUCAUGGCGAUGCGAUGGUGUUUGUCGUGUCGGACGCCAAUCUGAAGCGGUACGGCAUCAAACCCCAAGACAUGGCGCGGGCUUUGACAAGGGAGCCGACGGUGGCGGCGCACGCCAUUUUCAUCGCGUCGUUGGCCGACGAAGCGAGGGAGGUCAUGACGCACUUGCCGCAGGGCAAAGGCCACGUGUGCCUCAACACGGCCGACUUGCCCCAUGUGUUUCAAAAGAUCUUCAAGGCGUCCGUGGCCCAGUAAUAAUAAAAGGGUGUACUUAUUCCAUUAAAGUCACAGUAAUGGAGUAGCUAAGG